UCGUAAAAAUCCAGUCAACAAUACCAACACCGUGAUGAACACCACCAAAGCCGCUUGGCAGUUUCAGCCUGUAGCGUUACCUUUUCUCCACACAGAGUGUCUAAAAUGUUAAACGUCAUCGAGUGACCGGGCUUCGGCACAUUUGUGAAAAUGGAGGCUAUGGAAGACGAUAGUCUGGACGUAAAAGACGACCACAACCACAACUAUUGUGCGAGUAGUAGCAGCAGCAGCAGCAGCAGCAGCAGGAAAGUCCGCACCUAUCACAGCAGCCAACUGUCGGAUGUAACAACGGUCUGUCCACCGGUAUCGGGAGCGGAACCGGGGGCUCGACGAGGGAAGCACCGGCACGGCGGCAGCAGCAGCAGCGGGGGGACAAAGUUCGUGGACUCGGAUUCAGGGAGUGAGAGCAGUGAAGUCAGCGAGACUGACUGUACAGCUCUACCACCAGCAGCAGCUACUGUCGAGGGAAAAUUCACCCUCGAUUCUACUUCCAAGUUCCUACUGAAUGCUAUGGCAGUAGAAGACUACCAGAAAAACCACUGGCCAAACUUGGAGAAGGUCAUUGACCGACUGCUCAUUCAGAAUCCCUCAGACCACAUCUCUGUCUCCUAUGCACAGAUAUACAGUUACAUCUACAAGUGUGUUUGUCAGCAACACUCUGAGCUGCUCUACAAUGACUUGACAUCAAAAAUAACAAAUCACCUGCUCCGUGUUUCCACUCGUCUACAGGCCAGCCCCCCUGAAACCUUCAUUGAGAACUUCAACAUUGCACUCACACAGUACACAACUUCUCUGCAAUGUAUAGUCCCUGUGUUUAUGUACUUGAACAAGUUCUACGUUGAGUCGAAGCUGAACAGAGACCUAAAAGACGAUUUGAUGAAGCUGUUUGCUGACCAUGUUGCAGAAAAACAAGUGAAUAAGCUGCUGCCUCUUCUCAUUGAAGCUCAUUCCUUGCCCUUUAAAGUGCAGCCAUCUACGAUGGCCAGUGUAGUUACAGGCCUCUACAGCCUUCGACCAGAGUGGGCCCAGUUAGCCCCAGCUCUCUUCUCCGGGUUUAUUCCUCAGAUCAAUCCUCCUGCUGUGGAGUCUCUGCUGUCCGACUAUGCUGCUCAUGAUCAGAAGCUCCAGAUGGAGCUCUCCAUGAACGGGUUUCCACGAGGUGACCAGUCUCGCAAGCGGGCCAGCGAUGACUCCUGAUAGCCGAGCUGGUGUCUCCGGAUUCUUUGCGGAACUAUUACUGUGCCUCCUACAUCUUAAUCACGAGUUGGCUCACUGCACUAGGUACAAUGUUAACAAUGUGUCGGUUUAUUCUCUCCUGACUCAAGGUCACACAACACUGUGAACAACAAAGAGAACGUGAUAUUGCGUUGUCGAGCAGAAUUUUGCUGCACUUAGAGAAAAAGCACAGUCUUCCAUUACCCGUGCUUUCUUCUGCGAUUCUGAUGCAUCCAGCCUCAGUAUUUUGUAGGAUGCCACUGUGUGUCAUCGAGACUGUUUUCUCCAUGUUGUCCACAUUCAACAGUGCCUUCAUGGUGUCUGUUUGAUCAGGUUUCCUGACAGGGGACAGGCUGGUGAUGGGGUUUUUCAAUACCAACUUUUAAUGUGGGAGUGUGAUUUCUAUAGACUGGGCAAAUCAAGACUUCCUAUUGCUGCUAAUAAUGCUGUCCUUGUGUUAAUAUCACAUAUCCCACGGUUGAACCUACCAUGUGUGUAAACCAUAGGCCAUAUAUAAGAGUUGGACGUAGCUUAAGAGUAAAGCCGAGGAAGAACACAAGUCGCACUUAGCCACCAGGGGGUGACUCUGCUGGUUGGAAAAAUAACCCUUUAUGAAUUGGAGUAUACGGGAACAUGAGCCUAUUUCUCACUUGUUUUAUGAUGUAAUUUUAUGAUAUGCGAGUGGACACCGUUGUGAUUGACAGCUGGUAUCGUCCAAAAGGAACCUGGUUACAUCUGUGAACUUCCAAUUUAAACAAAAAUAGCAAAGGUGCAGAAGAAAUCACAAAUCUUGAGGCUUUAAAACGGUACUUUAGCUACGGGAACACUACAGUAUGUCCACUUUUUUAUAUAUGGUCUGCGGUAUAAACCAGCGUCUGCAGUCAACAUGAAUGAGUGAGAGAAGAAAUUGAAACAAAGUCAUUGACCUUAAUCAUGAUCCUCUUCUUCAUGUUGCCUUUACUGUGUUGGUAAACUGGAUUGUGUUUUCCAGUUAUUCCAAAGAGGAUUUGCAGUACUUUUGUUUUUCUUUUUACACACACAUAUAUAUGUAUAAUACAUUGAAUCAAGGUGACAUUGUUAAUGUUGUAUGCUGUCUGAGUCUGAGCCAUUUGAGUUUUUUAUACUAAUGAGUUUUGAGCUUUAGUUGACCUCUUAGACUAAAGUCAGAUUCUAACUUGUUUGUUUUAGCAUGUACGUCUGACAGGGACGGUCUUGCAGGACAUAACACAAGAGUGCCAGAGACCUUAAACAAACACAGAAUCAUGUUUGAGAAUUUCUCUUUGUUUGGUUUGGUUUGGUUCGGUUCAUUUACUGUAAAUAUAUCAAACAUGUUGCUCCGUGGAUUUAAUUAAACAAACCGUAUGCAAAUACUG